UCGUACUCCUGCGCAUUUAAAUCGAUCCAAAAUUUAUGAGUACCUUAAAGUUGGUAAAAUACUUUCCGCAGCGUGGAGCGCAUUAAAUUGCACUUCACUGCGAAAACUUUGGAUAUUAUCUAAAGAAAUAUUAAUAAUUACUUAUUGAAAUCUCUGUGCAAUUUAAUUUAAAUAAGUUAAUUCUCGACUAAGGUUUUGUAGAAACUUCGAAUACGCAUUAAACUCACAUGAAACUAUUUUUCAUCUCAUCAUUUCUAACUUCAUAGUGUCAAUAGUGAAAUAUUUUAUUUUUCAGUGUUGAAAUACAGCAAUCGGAAAUAGACUUGAAAACUUAAUAAAAAUGGGUACAGUGCUGAGUUUUAGUCCUCGAGAACGGCGCCCCGUUUAUUCAGCACACCAUCAUAGUCACCAUUUUCAUCGUCAUCAUCGCAAUAGUGUCGACAAUGGGAAUAAUUCGUGUAACGAAGGAUCAAUAGAUUCAUCGAGUGCAGCUGAUUUCCCGCUAAACAAUUUUUCUUAUGAACAGUUGAAUAAUGCGAAAAAUCGAGAAAAUGCUAAACCAAAUUUUCCGCAACAAUUGCCUAACAAUAAUUUAAGUCAAUAUAAUAAUAACGAAAACAACAAUUCCGUAAUUGAACAAACCCAUAAUGUUCAUACUAAUAACAAUAUUAAUAAUAUCAUCAAUAAUAACAAUAGCAUAAACAACAAUGUCAAUCAUAUUAAAUCAUCAGAACGUAAUAUUGAUAACUCUCGAAUUUUAUCCGAAAAGAAUGCAUUGGAGAAGAAUUUAAAGAAGCACUCAUUGUUCAUUAAUGCUCUGUCCUGGAAACGAUUGGCAGCAUCGCAUAGCAGAAAGAAAUUAGAUAACAACAAAAAUAAAGCUACUAAUUUGCCAACAGUAAACCUUAAGCCGUCCAUUGGAGGAGAUACAUUACAUCACAUAGAGGUUGACAAGAAUAAAAAUGUCCAGCAAAAAUUGCAGGAUAAACAGCAGUUCCAAGAGUCUCAGGACCAGGCUCAAAUGCAACAUAGCCUUGGCCACCAGAACCAACAGAGGCAGAUAUUUUAUACUCCUGGUACUCCAAAGAGUAUAUUCUUGGCAUUGGACUUAGUGCGGGCAAACAACACCAACUCUACACAGUUGCAAAAUAAAUUGGCUCCAAAAUUUCCAUUGUCACUUCCAUUACCACUACCCUUGAAGAAUUCUAGACCACCAGCUCAACAUAACCAAACAGGAGCUAGGAAAACUGUGAUCCAGGCAUCUACAUCAGAACUUCUUAAAUGCCUUGGAAUGUUUUUACAUGAACGAUGUAGAAAAUUAAGAAAAUUCGAAGCUUGUGAUGCAGUUAUGUGGCUUCGUUCUGUUGACAGAUGCUUGUUGUUGCAAGGAUGGCAGGAUGUUGCCUUUAUUAAUCCAGCGAAUGUAGUAUUUGUAUACAUGCUUGUACGAGAAUUAGUAGAUGGAGAUGAAACCAAGGAAUGUGAACUUCAAGCGACAGUGUUGACAUGUCUUUAUUUAUCAUACUCUUACAUGGGUAACGAAAUAAGCUAUCCCCUUAAACCAUUUUUGGUUGAGGAAUCAAAGGAAAAAUUUUGGGACAGGUGUCUUCUUAUUGUAAACAGACUUAGUGGUGAAAUGUUACGCAUCAAUGCUGAACCAGGAUUUUUUACGGAAAUUUUCACAGAGCUUAAAUCAUGCGGCGUAUGUUCUAGAAAAAAAUUACCAAAUGAUAUACCAAAUUGCACAGCCUGACAUAAAUACUCUCGAGAAGUUGUCGUACGACUGUCAGCUGCCGGAAAAAUGCAAAAUUGUCAUCAUCGUGCAACUCUUCAGGAGCUGGCAACUGUUGUUUAGAAAUAAAGUUUAAUUUAAUUUAAAUCUUAAAGAAACAAUCGAAAUAAAAUAAAAAAAAAAAAAAUCAGAAAAAUAAAAAAGAUAUAAAGGUAAAAUUAAGACGUGAAUAACAGAAAUCAAAUAAUAUACCUACUCAAAUUUACAAAACUAAAUACUUCAAAAUAUAAACAUUACCAUUUUCUUGAUAUUAUAAACACUAUAAACGAUCAAACUGAUGAGGGUAGAUAUAUUGUCAUAAAAAAUUUUGUGUAGUUUAUUUUUAGAAAACACUUACAGUUUCGUUUAUACGGAUGUUUUCAAAAAUACUACUAAAUUUUAAACAACCCAUAUGCAUAUUUCCGGUAACUUUGGUCUCAAAAUAAUAUUUUUUUGUUUUAUUUCAAGGCAAGCAUAUUAAAAUUAAAAUUUAAAGAUUAAAGUAAUUGUUAAAAAACUCAAUUAAUUUGUAUACGUAAAAUAUAGUUAAGUCAAUACGUAUUCAUAAAAUCAGGGUAAGAGCUUGCCGGGCUUUGGGUUACAGGUUAGCUGUCAAGAAUUUCAGACAUUUUAAUUGUAGAUUUACAGUCCAGAUUUUAUUUGACAGUACGGAAAAUAGACAUUUUUAAAAGACAGUAUUGCACACUAACUAACUUUGAUAUUUACGUGCCGAAAGUUGUACAGAUACUUGAUUGGCCAACAAAGAAGUUGGCUAAAUAAAUUAGAGCGAUAGAAAUACUUUCCUCUUAACAAAACUAAAUCCUAUAAUCAAAAGUAGAACUUUUCAAGUUCUCCGACUAAAAAUGACCUCAGAAAGAAGCGAGGUCCGAAUAUAAAACUAUCGCGUAUUAUAUGCAAACUCGUAACGUAAGCCAGAACUCAAUUCAAAUAUGAUUUUUUCAAUCCGUAAAGUUGAGUUUUGAAAGAAUAAGAAAAUAUCGACAAACCGAGAGAAUCUUAUUUCAAUUUAAAUUGUAUUUUUUAUAAGAGACUUUUAGCUUUGAACCAACUUUAUAAUGAAGGUUUGCUACUAUACAUAUAAGAGGUUAUAUAGGGCUGUCAUUAUGUCUUCCGUCUAUUUUUUUAAAAACACCUUGGUGUUGACGGUAACUUGGAUGUUGUAGGGCAUUAGUAUGAAAAAUACAAAUGUAAUCUUAUAGCCACUGAUUAAUCUUACUCCAAACUUAUUUAAAUGAAGUUUAUAUGUUUCAUCUUGAAACCAUCUAUAUGGUAACCUAAAGGUUCAAUCAGCAGCCUGUGUCAGUAAAACCUAAACUUACAUACUAAGUCCCUGAGUUUUAUGUUUUUACUACAUCAAUUUUUCACCAUAGAUUUAUAUGACUUCUUUGUGGUACACGUUCUGCCCUCAAUCUCUCUUAAACAAAAUUCAACUACUAACAAAAAUUGAAUUAUGUAAUUAAUACAAAAUUACAAAAUAUAUGGAUGGAAAACGUGAAAACGAAUUGUUUUAAAUAAAUCACAUCAAACCAAAACUUCAAAAACUUGACUGAAUUCAGUAACUUGAAUCAUUAAGAAGUUUUCCAUUUUAACACCAAUUGUUUUUAAAUAUUCAAAUAUUUGUCUUUUGUUAAGUUUUUUUUUGUUGAUAUUUGUUGAAACAAUUAUUUUGGAAGAUUAUGUAAAUAAUAUACGUACAUAUGAUAUGCACAUAUGUAUGAAUAUACAUUUUGGAAAGAUAUAGUAUUAGAAAAUUAGUUUGAAAAUGACUCCAAUUUCUGUUCGAUGAUUCAGGUAAAUUGUGAAAGAUAUUCUUCUUCGAAAAGCCAAAGUUAUCGGAAUUGUGCCAAAAAUUAUUAUUGCUUAUUGUAAUAAAUAAAUAAAUAAUAUUCAAAACAAGAAGUAAGAAAUACAAUUAUUAGAAACUAGAACGGUAUGCAGAAGUGUUUUUAUUUAAAAAAAAAAAAUUGAAAUUGUUCAAAAGUUAUCUACUUUCUUAUAAUGAAAUUAAAUAAACAUUGAUUGAAUAGCA